UUAAACAUUAUUUUUUAAUUAUUAUUACAAUAUAUUCUUAUUACUUGUAAAAUUUAAAUUAUUAAAUUAAUAAAACUAAUUAUGCUGUUUAUUAUGAAGUUGAAUAAAGAAACAAUUGCAUAAGUUUGUUUAUAAUGAUUUGUCAAUGUUUAUAUAACACAAAAAUUAGAAUUUUAUAUUUUAUUAUACAUAUUAUUUUAAAAUAUUUAUUUAUUAAUUUUAGUUAAUAUCAUAAAUAUAAUUUUUAAAUUCAACAAUUUGUUUAAAAUGUCAAAGUUCAAUAUGGAUAAAUUUAUACAUACAUUUAUCCAAAACUUAGGUUUAAGAAUUGAGUCUUGUACUUGCAAGAAAUUUAACAAAAUUGCAUUUAUGACAAAUAUAGAUAAAUCUUGUACAUUGAAACAACUAUAUCCUGCAGAAGAAAUAAAAGAAGUUAAUAUACAACAAGAUUUGGAUUUUUCUACAGAAAAAAAUAUAAAACAUUUUAUGGAAAAACAUGCUAAUCUCUUUGAUAAACUUACUUAUUUAAAUAACACACAAAUUUUAAAUUCCCAUUUAAAAAAUAUUAAUUCAAAGAUUCUUCAGAAAAUAAAAACAAAAAGAAAAUAUGGAAUUAUAAAAAAGGGGGAACUCAAAACACAUAACAAAAUUAUAAUUUGUAAUAAAAAAUUAAAAACAAAUUUAGCAAAUAAAUUAAAUGGACCAAAAUACAAUUUACCAUCAUCUAUAACAUGGAAAAAAUAUAUAAAUUCUCAUAAUUCCAAAAAAAAUAAAUUUAAAAAAGUUGCAAUAUUUGAAAAUUCUAAACUAUUUUGUUAUAAUACAAGUACACAUGAUUAUCAGAAAAGUAAUGACACUUCAAUUGAUAAUGAUAAACAAAAAACUUUUCUUAAACACAAUUUAACAAAUGUUAUGAUAAAUUUUACAAAAAAAGAAAUAGAAAUGACUGAAAAAUUAUUGUUAUUGUAUAUAAAAGAUGUAGAAUAUAUAAAAAGAAAUGUUCAAAUUACCUUACAUAUAACAAAGAAUUCAAAAUUUAAUUAUGACACAAAGGAUCGAAUAGAAUAUAAUCAAUUACUUUGUCAUCACGCAAUUUUAUGUUUAAUUGAACCAAGUAAAAAAGGUGCUGUUUUAAUUGAAGAUAAUUUACCAGUUAUUAUUAAAAAAUACCUUAUGCAUGGAUACAAAUAUCAUUUUGAUUUUCAGAGGAAUUCAAAGAAUUAUUAUACAGCUGUUCUUAUUUUGAGUCAAUCAGCUAAAGUUCUGGUUAAACAUAUAAACACAACUAUGAUGCAUACAAUUUGUGGUAUAUUAGGAUGUGAUGUGCAAGAAAUAUUAGUGUUAUAUAAUCCAAGAGAAAAAUGAUUCUAUAUAUUAUUUCUAAAUAUUAAUUUUAUAAAAAAAAUCUAUGAAUAUAUAUUUAAUAUAAUAUAUCAAA